AUGUGGUACUUUCGGUUUCAUUUCCUAAAUUUCAGCCUCCCAGCCCAAUCCCUACCAGGAUAAUACCCAUAAAACACUCACUAGGACACAGCAUACGCACAGCAAGAAAGCAGCAAGAACAGAUUGACUUCAUAAAUAAGGUGUAACGAUGGCUAACAUUAAAACAUUAAAUGAAAUUGGACACCUCAACUCAUCUGGCUUUGGUAGGCCUUGGCCCAGGCAUGGACUUUACCUGCUCCACUGGUUCUCCCAUAACUACGUCAUAUUCGACAACAAUGGUGACCUGCUGGCGCUGUACAACCCCAAAAGGAAGGAGUUUGGUUUCCAUCACUUCGAUAACCGACUCGAGUGUGACGGUAACUGGUAUCAAUUGCUCCCCAACCAGAACUUUCCAUACUAUGAGGUGGGCAACCUGAAUACCCCAGGGGCAGGUGACCUGCCAACAUACGUUAGGCAGAACUACAAAGGACACCAUGAUGACAGCAAUAUGGACCGUAUCAUCAUCAGUCUUCACCCCGGCUUGGUGUUGGAUAAAGUCUAUGUGACCCAACACGAGGAUGUGAGGACCUUUGAUCGCCAGAACACCUAUCGGAUCAGUAAGGGUUUGGUCAGGCUCAUCCGUAAUCUGGAACUGGAGGAGCUGCUAAGGCAAGCUGGGUACCCCAGAACCAUUAUGUUUGUCAAAGCAGUCAAGCGGCAAGAGACUCCAGCUCGAAGCCACACCACCGUUUGUCAACCAGCUGUCAGCCAACCUGACUGGGUCAACAACAAGAGGCCCUCUGUUGUGAGUCCCAGGCCAACACCAUCAAGGGAGACUGUGAUUGACAUGCCACAUGACUUAUUGCUUCGUGAGAGCAAAAUAAAUCAUGUGUCUGUCAGUAUCCCCGAGAGCAGAGACUCCCAUAAGCCUCGGCGGGAGAGGCGAUGCUGUGUCAUUCUGUAGACUGGGCCAAAGAGAGUCAAAAGGGUUCAUCUUACAGGACGAAUCGGGAAAUAACUGUGGACAACAUUUAUUACAGUGCUCCUAUAAGUAGGUUUACAGUGCAACACUAUUGUAAGUACUCAUUAUUGUUACACUGUACCUACAGCAGUGACCCUAACCCUAAGUCACUUUUUAAACAAUUAUUUAGAAUAAAGUAUUUUUUAAAUUAAAAAUCAUUUAUUUCAACAUACAAUCACUUCUUUAUAUGUGUAGAUUUCUGAAAGAUUAUAAUCAACCUCUAUACUUCUAGAGAAAACUACAAUACAGCCCAAUGGCAGCCCAGUUACCUGGUUUGGAACAGAAUACAGAACCUGGUCCAGGUUUGGAACAGAAUACAGAACCUGGUCCAGGUUUGGAACAGAAUACAGAACCUGGUCCAGGUUUGGAACAGAACACAGAACCUGGUCCAGGUUUGGAACAGAACACAGAACCUGGUCCAGGUUUGGAACAGAACACAGAACCUGGUCCAGGUUUGGAACAGAAUACAGAACUGCAGAUUGCCCUUUAAUAAUCGUAAUUAUCUUUCACUAAUACAACUGUACAUAAUUGAUUUUCUGUAAAACCAAGGCCAAUAGUUAAUCAUUUCCCACAGUGUUGUAACAGCUCUGUUCUAAUUGGUUAAGCAGCUUCUUGUUUAGAUUCAACUGACUAAGGGCUCUAUUCAAUUCGUAUUGCGGAUGUUCAGCAUUACAGCGUGAUAGAAAUAUUAAGGCAAAUUUCAGUGGCGACAGCGCCCGCUGUACCACCAGAGACUCUGGGUUCGCGCUCAGGCUCUGUCGUAACCGGCCGCGACCAGGAGGUCCGUGGGGCGAUGCACAAUUGGCCUAGCGUCGUCCGGUUAGGGAGGGUUUGGCCGGUAGGGAGAUCCUUGUCUCAUCGCGCACCAACGACCCCUGUGGCGGGCCAGGUGCAGUGCGCGCUAACCAAGGUUGCCAGGUGCAGUGCGCGUUUCCUCCGACACAUUGGUGCGGCUGGCUUCCGGGUUGGAUGGCGCUGUGUUAAGAAGGAGUGCGGCUUGGUUGGGUUGUGUAUCGGAGGACGCAUGACUUUCAACCAUCGUCUCUCCCGAGCCCGUACGGGAGUUGUAGCGAUGAGACAAGAUAGUAGCUACUAAACAAUUGGAUACCACGAAAUUGGGGAGAAAAGGGGGUCAAAUUAAAUUUGAAUUCAGUGGCGACUUUGCAGUCACGGUAAACGCUGCAUAUGUCGUCUCAAAGGGAAAUUACCUUUAUAUUUCUGUCUCGCAAUUAUAGUUAAAACGUUUGUGAAAGUAGAAAGAGAUGAGUAAAGUGUUUUUUACAAGCGGGUAUCUGGUAUAAACUGGUAUAAACUGUCAAAGUAGACUCAUUAUGAAGCGUUCAUUCAGAAUGUGAAUUUGUUAUAAAUCAUAUACUGCUGAUAAAAGGGAAUAAGUCAACAUUUGUGCAUUAUCAAUCAAAGAAAGCAUACAUUAAAUCAACCCAUCUAUUUCCCACUCUUUAUUCUCUAUUCGCUUUAACAUUGCACUGAGAUUGACCAAUCAGAAUAUACUGUAGUUCAUUGAUUAUGCUUGUGUUAUAGUUCCCAGGUGUGGGAUGCUAUUGGCAGAUAUACACCCCUAGAACAGGAUUAAUGAAGAAGAAGAGAGAAUUAGCUUCUUUAACUUGGUUUCUGUUCCAAUGCAUUUAUUAAAGUUUCUCAUAUUCCAAAUGUGUGUUUUAUUCGAAAUCAUCAAAUUACAAUGUAGAAAAUUACCCGUUUACAUUCAUUUAAAUAGAUUCACACAUUUAUUCUCAUAUCAAUUGAAAUCCCUUUUUUUCAAGCAGUAGUUUAUAACUACUGUGUAUCUUUGUGUGUCUCACACCAGCUGUGAUUUAGGUCAAAGUUCACUGAUUACAGUCAAAUAUGGUCUAUUUAUAGAUGGUUUACAGUAUCAUAAGAUGGUCAGUCUCGAUUUCUCAAAUCACAUUGUUUCAUAAUAACCUCAUCUCCCACUCAGUUGUUAUUGAAAAUAUAGUUUAAAUGUCACCACAAACAGGACUAGAAAUGUGUACAGCAACAGCCAACUGGCCAUUUAAUCUGAGGUGAGGGUAUUAAAAAGCAUUAUUUCCCAGCA